GUGUUCUCUUCUCCGCCCGCCGUCGGAGUUUUGGGCGGACGGAGGGGUGAGGCGGUCGCCUUUGCCGUCGUUUCACUCCGCACCUCGUCACCUUCGUCUGCGCUUCUCUUCCUCGGCCGACGUCAUCCUCGGUUCCGAAAAAAAAAAGGGGAAAACCAGUAAUAGCCUGACAGGCUAGGAUUGGCUACUCUGCCAAUCCGGAGCCGAAACUACACACAAACAGAUUCUUCUGAAACUGAUAGUGUAGUGUGAAAAGUGGAGGUGAGGACUGAGACAUGGCUGAUGCUGGGGAAGAGGACGUGCCCAGGGAUGCAAAGAUUGUAAAAGAAUUGUUGAAAUCAAUGAAUGUUGAAGAUUAUGAACCUCGUGUUGUCAAUCAAUUUUUAGAGCUUUGGUAUCGAUAUGCUGUCGAUGUUCUAACAGAUGCCCAAAUCUACUCAGAACAUGCUGGAAAAUCUGGAAUCGAUUCUGAUGAUGUGAAACUUGCAAUUCAAUCCAAAGUCAAUUUUAGUUUCGCGCAGCCUCCGCCUCGGGAGGUACUGCUCGAACUAGCCCAGAGCAGGAACAAGAUCCCGUUGCCUAAAUCUGUUCCGGGGCCUGGAAUCCCUCUCCCUCCCGAACAGGACAUUCUGAUCAGCCCCAACUAUCAACUCGCCAUUCCAAAGCGACAAAAUACCCAACCAGCCGAAGAAACAGAAGAGGAUGAAGAAACUGCCGACCCCAAUCCCAACCCGAACAACUCUAAUCCACCUCAGGAUCGCAGAGAUUUGCCUCAAGGUACUCCUCAACGAGUUUCUUUUCCCCUCGGAGCUAAACACCCGAGAUAGAUACAUGCUUUUUUAACAUUAGUCGACGAGGUGAAUUUCUUCAUAUACAUACAUCUAUAUACAUAUGUGUGUAUCUAUAUUCUUGUUGACAACAUGAAUCCCUUUUGUGUUGUUAAAUCUCUAUGAUCCAUCCUUCGUUUUUAUUUGGUGUGUAUAACUGUGUUAGGGGUAAUAUUUAGCAAAUUUUUACAGAUUCCUUGA